GCGUGCGUCUGACGCCACAUGAUGACGAUAAAUUACAGCGCCCAGGAUAAAUUAUGUGAGCGAGCAAGAACUGACAUUUUUCUCAGCUCGCGUUUAUGAAUAUUUUUUCACCAAUUAAGGUGGUCAGGGAAUUAUCACACCACUGCAUAAUAUCUUUGUCCAAACACAACCAUUGACUCUGUACCCUCGCCAUGGUAGAGGAUGACGAUUUAACGCCAAAUGUUAUGUCAAACCAAAUGUGGAGCAGCAAUGGCGAGUUUGUCCCUCCUGACGGAAUAUGUUGGGUGUCUGUUCUGUCAUGUUUGCUGCUUGCCUGCUCCUACGUUGGGAGCUUAUACGUGUGGAGAAGUGAUUUGCCAAGGGACCACCCGGCCGUUAUCAAGAGGCGCUUCACCAGUGUCCUAAUCGUGUCUGCCUUGUCGCCUGUCUUUGUGUGGACAUGGAAGGUGUACACUGGUGUGAUGCCCGGCCCGUCGUUGCUGGCUCUGAUGGGCAUUCGCUUCGAGGGCCUCAUCCCAGCCAUCAUACUGCCUCUGCUGCUCACCAUGGUUCUGUUUCUUGGCCCUCUCAUCCAACUGGCUAUGGACUGCCCCUGGGGCUUCAUGGAUGGGAUACGAGUGGCCCUUGACCCAUGGUUCUGGGCUCUGUGCCUCAGGGACAUGCGCUGGCUGAGGAACCAGGUGGUGGCCCCUCUGACUGAGGAGCUGGUGUUCAGGGCUUGUAUGCUGCCCAUGCUGGUACCCUGCGCCAGCCCCUCCACUGCCAUGUUGACCUGUCCCCUCUUCUUCGGAGUAGCUCACUUUCAUCAUGUGAUUGAACUGCUGCGAUUCAGACAGGGCAGCGUGUCUGGGAUCUUUCUCGCUGCAGUGUUCCAGUUUUCCUACACCGCUGUCUUUGGAGCUUACACUGCCUUCAUAUUUAUCAGAACAGGUCACCUGGUGGGACCGGUGCUGUGCCACUCUUUCUGUAAUCACAUGGGCUUCCCUGCCCUGAGCACGGCCCUGGAGCACCGCCACCGCCUCACCAUCCUCUCCUGCUACCUGCUGGGGGUCCUCCUCUUCCUCCUCCUCCUCUUCCCCCUCACAGACCCCCUCUACUACGGCCUGCCCACCCCCGUCUGCACCCUGGCCUCUGUCCCCAGCUCCCUAUGCAUCUCCUGAUCCCACGCCCACCCACCACACACACCCCUCUCUACUUGAUGGACCGGUUCACUGAUUCUACCACCCAUCAGCAGCCAAAAGGAGGAGCAGUCCAAGUGGUCCUAGCACUAGGGGUGUUUUAGCUCUUCGGUCAUGCCUGCUUGGAUGGGCUCUCUCUGGGGGGAGGUGGGAAGGGUUAUGGCUGUGUCAGGUAUGGACAUUCAGUACUAUCGGCUGUCUAUACUAUGUAUGCUGCUGGGGGCAACAGGGUAACUUAGACAGCCAUUCCCUAUGUUCAGGUUACAUUUGCAGUCAGUUAGCCAGUCAGUUAAUAUGUGGUCUGUAGUGUCAACUCAACAAAGGAACUGUAUCUGGCCAAGAUGUGAGGCGCUGUAGUAGUAAGACAUUCUGGUGGUCAAUAACGUCAGUGUUUUCAUCGGUUCUAGAAGCUGAAUAAGAGUUAUUUAUUUACACAUCUGCAUGUUUCUAUACUGUGGUGUUUUAUUGGUAGGAGAUAGUUGGGUUGUUCCAGUUGGACUGUAGUUGGACUGUAGUUGUCCAUGAUAGUUUAGCCACGGUUCUCAGUCUUCCUCUUAGGCUUUUAAGACACCAGACGAUUGGUGUUUGGCGAGAUCACAAAGUGUACAGUCUUUACCCAGCCCUGAAUUCAGUCAUACACUCGCGUUGUCGCUCAUUCCAAGUCAUGCCGAUAGAAGCCUAUAAUCCCGAAGCUAACAUUACCAUUCUUAGGGCCAGGAGUUUUUCCCUGACUAUGUGAACCUGAUAAGGAAAAACUCUGGGCCCCUAUCAUUCUCUGCACACAGUUUGGCUCUUUGUUCUUGAACUGCUUCUUUAUUUGAGCGAUUUGAA